AUGGCCAUGAAUAACUGUAAUUGGCCUACUGAGCGUGAGAAUAAGAAGGUGGUAGGAGUCUUAGAAGUCGAUCCUAUUGCUUUAUUGACCGCUCAAGUGGCAUCUCUAACCCAAUUGCAGCAGAAUAACCUUGCCGCACAAGCAAUGCAAGCACAAGUUAUUGGUUACUUUUCAAGACCUACACCUAACACCUACUCAAAUUCAUAUACUCCUGCAUGGAAAAAUCACCCUAACCUGUCUUUGAAAAAUAAUCAAGGGUUACAACCGCAUCAUCCACAAUACACACCUCAACAACCCCCUCAUCAACUGACUUAUGGACUACAUUCUAGGCCCUAUUAUGAUCCAAUCCUACACCCAUCUCAUCCACCACCACAUCCUCCAAUGAACCCACCAACAAUGCAGCCAGACCAAUUAAAUCAACUCAUGAUAGAGACAAGGUCUUCAAUCAGGAAUUUGGAGACACAAAUAGGUCAAUUGGCUAAAAUGUUUUCUAGUAGACAGCAAGGGAAUUUUCCUAGUUCCACAGAGGUAAAUCAUAAAGAGCAAUGUCAAGCUGUUAGUCUGAGGAGUGGGACUAAGUAUGAUGAACCUACAGUGGAUGACAAGGGGAAGAAGACAAAGGAUCAACAUGUUACUAGUCCAGUACAAGAGGAGGUUACUGGAGAUCUUCGAAAGAAAGAAAAGCCAAAAUACACCGAGCCUAUGCCAAGGAUUCCAUAUCCUCAAUGGUUUCGAAAGGCCAAUCUUGACAAAAAAUUCUCCAAAUUUCUUGAGAGGCUUGGUUUGGGGGAAGCUAGACUUACUACUGUUACUCUUCAACUGGCUGACCGUUCAUUAACACAUCCUAGAGCAAUGGGGCAAGCAUUGAUAGACAUUCAAAAGGGUGAGUUAAGGCUCAAAGUACAGGGUGAUGAGGUUGUUUUUAAUGUUUUUAAAGCAAUGAAAUAUCCUUCAGCCAGUGACAGUUGUUUUAGUGUUCGUGUAUUGGAGGAACAAGACAAAAGGGUCUAUCUUAUUGAGGAUCCACUUGAGUUAAGUUUGAUUGCAAUUCUUGAAGAGUGUGAUGCUUCAUUGUCUGUGAUUGAAGAAGAGAAGCUUCUUAGGGUGUUGACGGCUCACAAACUAACAAUUGGUUGGAUGUUAGCAGAUAUAAAGGGUAUUAGUCCUUCAAAAGUGAUGCACUGGGUAAUUGACCCAAUAUCUGACAGUGAUUGGGUUAGUCCUGUCCAGGUAGUCCCGAAGAAGGGUGACAUGAAGGUGGUAAAUAAUGAUAAUAAUGAACUUAUUCCAACUCGUCGGAUUCCAUUUGGGUUAUGUAAUGCUCUCGCCACCUUUCAAAGGUGUAUGAUGUCUAUCUUUCCAGACAUGGUGGAAAAAGAAGGUAUAGUCUUGGGCAACAAAAUUUCACGCCAUGGAAUUGAGGUAGACAUGGCCAAGAUAUCGACAAUAGAAAAUUUACCUCCUCCAGUGUCUGUUAAAGGGAUUCGUAGUUUUUGGGCCAUGCUGGAUUUUAUAGGAGACAAUUUAAGGGCAUUUAAUAAACUGAAGGAGAAAUUGGUAUCUGCUCCGAUUGUUGUAUCGUCGAAUUGGGAACUUCCUUUUGAAUUAAUGUAUGAUGCUAGUGAUUAUGCAGUAGGAGUGGUUCUUGGACAGCGAGUUGACAUGGUAUUCAGAAUGAUUUAUAAUGCUAGUCGAACCAUGAAUGAUGCAAAAUUAAAUUAUGCAACUACCGAGAAGGAAUUACUUGCAAUUGUCUUUGCAUUUGACAAGUUCAGGCCAUAUUUAAUUGGUAAUAAGGAGAUUGUUUACACAGAUCAUUAA